AUCUCUCCCCCCGCCCCCCCGCCAAUCCUCCUCGCUCCGCACGAUUCCGCGCCUCCUCGCCGCAAGCGCCGACGACAGAGCCUCCUACGCGAUGGCCAUGGACCGCCGCGCCCGCGCAGCCCCGCGCGCGGACGAGGAGCGCCCGAGCCACGGCCGGUUCCUCCGCCCCGGCGCGCUAGCCCGGCUCCGGGACUCCAGGAUCGUCGCCCGCUCCCUCCGGUCGGCGGCGGCGCGCCUCCCGAUCCCGUCCGCCCCUCCGUCCCCCGCGCCGGAGCAGCAGCGGCAGGACGGCAUGCCGCACUUCCUGGUGGGGCCCACGAGGGGCCUCUGUGGCGCGGCGCGGUACCCGCUCAGGAGGAGGAUGGCCGCGGCGAGGUGCGUGGUGUUCUUGCCGCCGCCGGAGGCGUUCUUGGACGCGCCCGCGCCGUCGUGGGGCCUCGCCACCGCGCGCUGACGGGGGCCGGGAUCAGCCGCGGCCGUGCGUUUAGAUUCGCAAGUAGUUAGAACUCUGUGCAGAUGGCUCGCUGGACUUUCUUCCGUUCAACAGUUUUAGGAUCUGAUGCGACUGUUUUAGAUCUGCUACCUUUCCGGUCUAAUUUUGUGUCGUAGAAUUGAUCCAAAUUUACAAGUUUGUGACUUGCAUCUGUAGCUGGGUGCGUUGGU